UACAAGGGUGAGUCCACUUAAAAGUGUGUGUUCGUACCAAAUAUUUGCUCCUGUUACAGAGGAAUUGCCAGGUCAAUCAAAUAAACCUGCCAUGGCAAUAGUUCAGUGGUCUAGUAACACAUAUAUCUACUGACACAGCAGCCACAUCACCAUAUGACUUUGUCAUCAUCUGUUAUCAUAUUCAUAUCACCCUGAGGAAAAUCUCUUUGUCACGCAUACAGUAACAAUCAGGGAUUUUUUAGUUCUGUUUGUUUUCACAGUGUCAUUUGUAGACUUUAAUGCUAAUUGUUAACCAAAGGCUAUUAUAAAAGUGAGAAGCAGAUCUUUCUGCACAGACCUACUUGAAGCAGUUUGAUCAUUACAGAAGAACUAAACCAGCUGAUUUCCCAGGAUGCCUCUGCACUGUCGUGCCAGCCACAUGUUCCUGCUCAUAUGUGCUCUUUCCUUAUGUCUCGAGUCUGUGAGAGGCGGCACCAGCUUUCUCAGUCCUGCUCAGAAACCACAGGGUCGAAGGCCACCACGGGUGGGCAGAAGAGACGCUGCUGAUUCAGAGAUCCCAGUGAUUAAAGAGGAUGAUCAGUUCAUGAUGAGUGCUCCGUUCGAACUGUCCGUGUCUCUGAGUGAAGCAGAGUAUGAGAAAUAUGGUCCUGUGCUGCAGAAGGUUCUUGUGAAUCUUCUUAGUGAUUCUCCAUUUGAAUUCUGACAAGAGCUACCAGUCCCUCCAAGAAUUAACUCCUUAUAAAUCAAAAAUUAUUCAAAAUUUAAAUCAUUUUCUAACAGCGAUUUGACAAAAUAAAGGAUGACAAAUAA